AUGUUCCGCGGACACCGCGCUUGGUUCUCGCAGAGCGUCAGCCCGGGCCCGCGGGGGCUCUGGGCCGAUGGCGGCGGGACCAUUGCCCACUGGCUGGAUGCUGAUUACCUGUUCAGCAGCGAUGCUGCCCACCCCGACACCCGCAGCAUACACGAGAGCCUCAGUUACCUGGAGGGCAAAGCCACGGUCUUUCACUCCAGUUACCUCUCAGUGUGUGCGAGCACCCGAGCUACGGAGAGGCCCUCGGUGGUUCUGGGCCACUUCAUCCUGCCCCCUGCCUGCCUGCACGAAGAAAUCAGAAGGAAGAUUGGCCGGUUUAUUUGGGAGAAGGCAGAUGCCCUUGAAGAACAGCCCAAGGAAAAUCCUACAGAGGAACCAGAAGCAGCAAGAAAUGGCUGUGAGGAAGAAUCAGAGGAGGAAGUGCUAGACCUGGCUGAGAGCACUGAAGAAACAGAAUCUGAAGCACCCACCCAGGGAGAAUUUCCAUGCCGUGCCCUCCAGGAAUACCCAAUAAAUAACAUGGUGACAGGCUAUGCCUCUGCACGGGACAUGAAGAAAUACGAGGGGGAACUCCACGACUUCAUCCCUGGCACCUCGGGCUAUGCAGUGUACUGGGUCCAAAGCAAAUGCAGCAUUUACUGUGAGAAGGCCAAAAUGAAGAGGAAAUGGUAA